CAACAGGAAACGGCCUCGGUAAAGAAAAACCUCAGAUAUUGGCCGAAGUAUCCAAAAUUUGAUCCAAUUUUUCCGCCAGUUACGGCUUCUUUGAAGAAACAUGGCCGAGAUAGACGAAUCUAAGAGGCCCUCUGUGCGUCAAGUGCGUCAGGAAUUCAUGGUACGGGAAGAUGGAGCAUUAGCUCAACGGCUACAGGAUGAAGAAUUUGGCCAUCACUAUAUAAGAAACCGAAGUGAACGGAAAACAGUACGAGAGGAUGUCAAAGCAGCAAAGAUAACUUAUUUGGAAGAAGUCAAACAGGCUCAACUCCUUCCUUGUGAGGAAUUCCAGCACAUGGCACAUCCAGAAGAGUGGCUUGCCAGUGAUCUACAACAUAAACUACAAACUGAAGAAGUAAAUUGUGAAAGGAAACGAAGAGAUUCUGAACUGAAGGACGAGGAGAUUGCGAGAAAACUGCAAGAAAAAGAAGCUAUGAAACUUGAACGUGCAAGGCAGAGAAGAGCAGAAAGACAACUUAGGGAGGAGAGGGAGAGUAAAAUUCUCCAGGAGGCUCUAUCAGGGUUGCAAGAUCACAAUGACAAUCAAGUGAAUCACCGGCAACAUGCUGAAACUCAAAGAGCACCUGUCCCGGUAGGAUCAAGGAAUGGUCGAUCUUCUCCAGAUACAGAGGAAACCAAGUCGCGUCGCCAUGUCAAAGGAGAGAUUAGCAGUGUUAGGGGGCCUGAGAAGAGAUUCAGUAUGGGAGAGGGAGCUGUAGUGCAACUACCGCCCAGUGAAGGAGGGAGAUUAGAAUGUGAUAGGAUUAUCCUAGCUGAUGGAACAGCUAUUGACCUGUUUGAUGACAAUGAAGACAAAGGUGCCCGGGAGCAGGCGCAUAAGAGAUCGCGAGAGAGACAAGAUGAGGAAUAUGCAAGAAAGUUACAGGAGCAAGAAAAUAAGUUAUUAGAACAAGACCGUCAUGCGGAACACGACAGGAAGCUAGCACUGGAAUAUCAAGACAGGGUAUGCGUCAGUUAAUCAUUUACUUGAGAGUAUUGAAGACGUGGUCAAGAUGUAUCAGCUUACGGUGUUUGUCGCUUGAGCUUCGUAAAACCAAAACCAUGCUAAACACAACAGCCAAUCAGAG